UCAGCUGAUGGUCACGUGACUAUCACAUGAUCAGUAUAUUAUGACACAGGCAUCGGUGUUGUGUUUUAGAUCAGGCUAAACGAACGCGAAAACAAUGCGGAGUGCUGUUUUUGUUCUGAGCUUAAUUUGGCUCGUCAGUGGAGAGCUGCUUGAGGCUGAUCAAGAUGCUUCUGUGCCUGAGGACUGGAUUCUGGUGGGACGUGUGGGAUCUUUGGAGGAAGUGGAACUUACAUUUGCACUGAAGCAGCAGAAUGUUAACCAGAUGGAGGAGUUACUGAAACUAGUGUCAGACCCGGAUUCACAUCAAUAUGGGAAGUAUCUGAGUUUGGAAGAAGUCGCUGCUCUUGUUCGGCCAUCUCCGCUGACCGAGAAAGUAGUGCAGAAUUGGCUCCAGAGUCAUGGGGUCAAAAACUGUCACACGGUUGUUACACAGGACUUCCUUCAAUGUGUCAUGACUGUGCAGGUGGCUGAAAAAUUGCUCCCUGGCACUAAAUUUCAUCGUUACAGGAGAGGUUCAAACACUCUUUUGAGAUCAACAUCUCUGUACUCCGUUCAUGAAGAUGUGCAUCAGCAUCUAGACUUUGUGGGUGGUGUUCACCGUUUUCCACCAAAGGAAAGGGUAUCAGUAAAGGCUGAAGGAGCAAGACAAUCAGCAUUAGGCUUUCACCUGGGCGUCACCCCCUCAGUCCUUAGGAGUCGCUACAACCUCACAGCAAAAGAUGUGGGCACUGCCACUAACAACAGUCAGGCAGUGGCACAGUUCUUGGAGCAGUACUACCACCCCGCUGACUUGUCUGAGUUUAUGAGUCUGUUUGCUAGAGGAUUCACACACAUGUCAGCUGUAGAGCGGGUCGUGGGCACUCAGGGCGGUGGGAAAGCCGGCAUUGAGGCCAGUCUGGAUGUGGAGUACAUCAUGAGCAGUGGAGCAAACAUUUCUACAUGGGUCUUCACAAAUCCAGGUCGUCAUGAGUCUCAGGAGCCGUUCCUUCAGUGGAUGCUGCUGCUCAGCAACAUGUCUGCAGUGCCUUGGGUCCACACCAUCAGCUAUGGAGAUGAUGAGGACAGCCUUUCUGAUGCCUAUAUGAACCGCAUCAACACCGAGUUCAUGAAAGUUGGCCUCAGAGGGAUUUCCAUGCUCUUUGCUUCUGGUGACAGUGGAGCAGGUUGUAGACACUUGACCAAGGAAAGAAAUACUUUUAGACCGAGUUUUCCUGCAUCCAGUCCCUAUGUGACCAGUGGGGGGACUUCUUUCAAGAACCCCUUCAAACUUACCUACGAGGUCACCGAUUACAUCAGUGGAGGUGGCUUCAGUAAUGUGUUUGCAAGGCCAGGUUAUCAGGCUGGUGCUGUUGACGCGUAUAUGAAGAGUGUUCAGCCUCUACCUCCUCAGACAUAUUUCAACAUCACUGGAAGAGCCUAUCCAGAUCUAGCUGCGCUUUCUGACAACUACUGGGUCGUUUCCAACCGGAUACCUGUGCCAUGGGUCUCUGGGACUUCGGCAUCAACUCCAGUAGUGGGCGGGAUUCUCUCCCUCAUAAACGACCAGCGCUUCCUGAAGGGACUUCCCUCAUUAGGAUUCAUCAACCCUCGCCUUUACAAACUGCAAGGCAAAGGUCUUUUUGAUGUAACAGAGGGAUGUCACCUGAGUUGUCUGGAUGAUACAGUUGAAGGGAAGGGUUUCUGUGCCUCCCCUUCAUGGGAUCCAGUAACAGGAUGGGGAACACCCAAUUAUCCUGCUCUUCUUAAAGCUCUUAUGAAUUGAGCUGCUGCUUGUUUAGUCAGAUUGCAAAAGACCACCCUUUUGCACUUUUUUUUUUUUUUUUUUUUUUACCUCUGAAAGAUAUGGUUUUUAAAAAAAAUUGCUGAAUCAUCUAAAUGACUCAUUGUAUAAUCAUAUCAAGAUAUCAUGCUGCCAAUCAUUUAAGAAUUAUUUUCACAAAAGAAUGUUCUUUCAGUGUAAAAUGAACCUUUGAUGACUAGCUGCUUAACCCACCCACCCACAGUUCCCCUCGUUUAACAGGUUGUGCAACAGUAGAUGAGGUUGAUUUGUCCUAAUGUAAAGGAUCAGGGCUUUACAAGUGUCUUUGGUGUGACAGAAAAUAUUGAUGAAUUUGAUCUACUUUAUAUAUAUAUAUACACACAUAAAUCAUUUUUUAGGUUUAGAUGAAGCAUGUGCUGAAACCAGCCUAAUUAUUAAACAUACUUGAGAGCUGUAUAAACCAAUGGCCUGUUUUUGACAUUUUUAACUGGGUUGAUUUGAUGGACUUUGAAGAGGUCCUCAGGGAAUUAAAUAAUGAAUGGAUUUGUUGGUCUGGAACUACUAGGUUGGUGGUAAGAUUGAGAAUUUUUUUUUUUUUUCUAUUAGAUGUCUGGUGCACUGAAUGUUAUUUGAGCAACAGGUCCAACUUGUUUUUUUUGUUUGUUUUUUUUUUGAAAAUUGCAAAGCCUUCAGGAUUCUCUCUGAAAGGUUCAUUAAUAUUUUGAUGACUGGUGUUUCAUUUCUUUGCUUGAAAAAUACAAAUUAAAGUUUUUAUAUUGAAAUAAAAUGUCUUUCGUGAGCUUA